GUUAGGGUUUCUAAACUCGACCAGAGGGCGGUCGAGUGACUUAGGCAAACAAACCAACAGAGGCAAUAAAAUAAGCAGACCCGCGGGAAAGGACGUCUGAAAAAGAAUCAACCGGCAACAACAUGUCACGAAGAAGUGAUGUUUACAAAGGCCGCACACAGAGGCUCUCCUAUGGAGAGAAGUCAUCAGAUAUGAGCAGCCAAAAUUCCAUGUUUGACAUGACGAGUGGACGCACCCUCUUCAUGGAAGCUCUGGCCUUCAGAUUAAUGGGUUUGGACUUUUUCCCAUUCGCCUCUGCCCCGCACGUCUAUUACGAGGACAGCGAUGAAGAAGAAGAGGAGGAGUUUUGGUCCGACACUUUUGCCCGGCAACCUUCAGGGCCACAUCCUCAACUACGACAACUCACCGAGGAGGAAGCAGAGAAACACACAAAACAAGCGCUCAUAGAGCAGCAACAACGUGAGUAUAAAAGCGCGAGGAACAAGCGAAAGAAACUGCGCAGAAAUGAGAAGAAGCGCUUAGAAAAGGAGAGCAGGAACAUUCCAGACGAGGCGGAGGGAGACGAACCCCAGGAGGCGGAGGGAGACGAACCCCAGGAGGUGGAGGUAGACAAACCCCAGGAGGCUGUCCAUCAAAUUGGUGUGCAAGCUCCCCCCGACAACAAAGUGAACUCCAACGACGAGGGUAGCGACGAACAUGAAGAAGAAAACCAAUCGCAGGAAAAGGAGGCGGAGGGAGACGAACCCCAGGAGGCUGUCCAUCAAAUUGGUGCGCAAGCUCCACCCGAGGCCGAGAAGGAUAACAACGCGCAGGAAAAGGGCCUCCAUCCAGAUAUCGCUGGUGAUGUCACGGAAAAGUCAACAAACACACCCGACGCUCCGAAGAAGGACCAUGAAUGUGGAAGUGACAGCGAGGGUUCUCACAAGCCUGCAUCGGACCAGAAAGCAACAGAUCCGAUGGUAGAGGAAUACAUGCAGAAAAGUGCCAAGCUGGCAGAGUUUGGCAACUGUUGGGCGACUGCCGGCCGACACGACAAGGCCAUCAGAUGCUACACCGAGGCCAUCAAGCUCAACCCAAAGGAGUGGAAGUUGUUUGGUAAUCGCUCCUUCUGCUACGAGAAGACGCAGCAGUAUGACAAGGCCCUGAAUGACGCAGAAAUCGCCCUCCUUAUUGAACCAAUGUGGGUCAAAGGUCUCUUUCGUAAAGCCAAGGCUCUCUGUGGACUAAAGAGGUAUAACGAUGCCUCCAAAGUCUACAAGGAGGUGUUGCAGCUGGACGGGUCGAGGCGCGAGGCCAAAGAGGCGCUGAACCAGACGCAGAUGUUGCAACUUAUGGAAAUGGGCUUCACCCAGGAGGAGAGCGCCGAGGCCUUGCAAAGCCACAACACCUUAGAGGCCGCCAUCAGCGCCCUUUUUAGCUGCGACAGUCCGCCUUGUCCAGCAGGGGCUUCUGAGGCAACAGGGGGAGAUGAGGAGGAAGAAGAGUGGAUGGUCCGACAAGCCAGCAAGCCUCGAACGCAGCGCGCCAAAGAAUCAGGGAGUUUGGCCCAAAGUCAAUUCAAAACUCAGCCUUUGUCGAAGAAAUCGCAAAAAUCGGAUGUUUUCCAGGUUUGGGUGCGUUAUCUGGCACCUACCGUCACCUACCAGAGGCUCUAUGAGCUCUUCAGCAGAGUGGGGAAAGUGUACAAGGUGAAGAUGCUGCUGGAUCAACAAAGUGCCUUCAUAUACUACGCCCGAGAAGAGGACUGCGUGGAAGCUAUACGGCGUAUUCACGGGAUGACGCUGGAGGGCUCUACUCUGGUGGUGCAAUCCCCCUUAAGGAACACGGAACCUGGAAUGGCCAAAGCGGAGCUCGGUGACCCGUCAUCUCAAUGCAGGUGGUUUAAGAGGGAGUGUUUCUUCUGGAGGACCAGCGGGUGCACGCAGGACGACUGCACCUACAAACACGUCCCCGGGCACCAGGGCAUCGACAAGGACAAGUUCAACAACGGCUUUUUGAAAAAAAACACGGUGACUUGAGGCGGUGCCACUGGGAUCUGGACCUGGCCGGACCAGUAGCAGGGUCGGUCAUGAGGUCCACGCAUGGACGUGGUAGCAGUCAGUAACUGAACUGCUUUGCAGCUUUUUGCACACAACGUGAAGGAUUAGCAAACCUCAACAUGGUCUGAUUCCAUGUUCUUUAGUUGUUCAUCUGCAGUCGCCACUAGAGGGCAGCAUCCCGUCUUUGUUGGGUCUGUCAUGGUUGUCCAACUCCCCUUCCUCCUCCACAUGCAGUUACUCUACUUUCUAUCCACUUCUAGAAGAGCAAUGUUAUCUAUUACCCAGCAGGCACAACGUCGAUGAUGCGUACACGUCCUUUAAAGCUGACUUUAAAACAAUGUUGCCAAAUACUUGGAUUUGUUCAUUGAGACAACGUUGAUGUCUAAAUGUUGGAUCCACGUUGUUGGUUGGGAAAUGACCAAAUUUCAACGGUCAAAUCAACGUCAGAACCCAAUUAAACGUCGUCAAAAAGCAUGUUGUUUCACAUUGUGUUUGUGUUGUGGAAUAUUGGUCGGGAAAUGACCAAAUUUCAACGGUAAAAUGUACGUCAGAACCCAAUUAAACAUUGUCAA